AUGGCGUCCCGCACUCUGUGGUCUCUUCUGAUGACGAUCGCGGCCGCGGGGGCUGCGUCAGCGUCUGCGCUGACAGCCAACACGAGCACCAUCACCUGCCACUGCUUUCCAGAGGACGUAUGUUGGCCCACGGCGGCAGAAUGGGCGGCGUUCAAUACGACAGUAGGCGGGCGUCUGGUCGCAACCGUGCCAAUCGCCUCGGUGUGCCACUAUGACAACUUCACCAACUACGACGCAGCGGCGUGUGCAGCCUUGCGCGACGUGUGGGACUACCCACAGACGCACGACGGUUCCUCGUCGUCGCCCAUGGCGCAGUUCUUCACCAACGGCAGUUGCAACCCCUUCACCGCCCCGUCAGAUCCAUGCGUCGUUGGGGCGCUAGUCGCCUAUGCCGUCAAUGCCAGCAGCUCCUCCCGCGCUGAGAGCAUCGCCGACUAUCGGGAGACCCUGAAGUUCGCUGCGACACGCAACCUUCGCCUCGUGAUUCGCAAUACGGGGCAUGACUACUUCGGCAAGUCCACCGGGCCCGGGGCGCUUGCCCUCUGGACGCACCACCUGAAGGACGUGGACGUGGUCGACUAUACGUCGUCGUACUACACGGGCAAGGCUUUGCACCUAGGCGCCGGGGUUGAGAUACACGAGGCCACCCAGGCCGCGUCGGCGGCCGGGCUCCUUGUCGUAGGCGGCGCCUGCGGCACCGUGGGCAUCGCAGGCGGGUACACGCAGGGCGGCGGCCACGGGCCCCUCGCAUCCUCCUUCGGGCUCUCCGCCGACAACGUCCUCGAGUGGGAGGUCGUUACCGCGGAAGGGGCUCACGUCGUUGCGCGGCCCGGGACCGUCUACGAAGACCUCUACUGGGCCCUUUCGGGCGGCGGCGGCGGCACCUACGCGGCUGUGGUGUCUGUCACUAUUCGGGCUCAUCCGGACAUGAGGUUCGCUGGCGCCAACCUGACUAUCGUGCAGGGCAGUGAAGUCGCAGACGACGUCUUCUGGGGGGUUGUGCAGACCUUCAUCGAGUCGGCGCCCCUCUUUGCCAACCUUGGCGUCUACACGUCUUUCGCUCUGCAGGAGGGGAUAUUCGUCGUAUCCCCAAUCAUAGCCGCCAAUCUGAGCGCCGCUGCUCUGCAUUCUCUUUUCGACCCGACCCUGGCAGCUCUCAACACAAGUGGCAUGUACUUUGAUUUCUUCGUCGACAACUUCGCCUCCUAUCUUGAUGUUUACGACGCUGUCGAGCCCACCAAUAAUGUCACUGAAUACAACAUUGGCGGACGGCUCAUCCCACGCUCACUUGUGGAGACCAACUUGACCGCGCUAAUGGCAACGCUCCAAUACAUCGUGGCCGACGGUUCUGGUGUCUCAGGAAUCUCGGUCAACGUGAGCUCGUACCCACUCGAUGUGGCCAACUCGGUGAAUCCCGUAUGGCGCACGUCCAUCUACAGUUUUGUCAUAGGCUCAGCGCUCGACCAGUACAAUAUCUCGGCCAACAUCCCAAUCCAGGAGAAAAUGACGAACGACCUUGUGCCCGCACUCGAGGCCAUCACCCCUGGCGGCGGUGCCUACGUGAACGAGGGCGACUUUCGCCAACCUGACUUCCAGCAAGUCUUCUACGGUGACAAUUACAAUACCCUCCUGGCAAUCAAGGACAAGUAUGAUCCCAAGGACCUGCUUUAUGGGCUCACAGCUGUGGGAAGUGAAAGAUGGGCGAGCCAGUCAGACGGCAGACUGUGCCGCGUCUAG